GGCUUCUUAGAAAUGCGAAAGCGAAACUGUGCAAAAUAGGAAAGUCACUGUUUGCGGGAACGUUUAUAGUUUUUUCUAUUUUGUAUAAAUAUUGUCAACCAGAAGUUCAAAUUAAAGGUUUUAUUUAAGUUUUGACCAAAAACUAUCGGUGCAAAUUAAGACCGCAAAAUAUAACAAAAAAGUUUAGAUAGUUGGAAAAUGUUAUCAACAUUUUAAAAGAGGAGAAAGAUUAGCGCUAAGGAGGAAUCGACAAUAUAAAUCAUGUCUAUAUUUUGCUGGGGCAACACAGAACAUGGCGAACUUGGACUUGGCGACAUUGAGGAAGAAAAGGUUUUGGAUCCACGAGAAAUGCCCUGGAAACCAGAAAGCGUAGUGAUCAGCAUAGGAUGUGGCUUAGAGCAUACAGUGUUCUUGACUGCAGAUGGAAAAAUAUAUUCUUGCGGCUGUAAUGAUUUUGGUCAAUUGGGCCACCAACAGAUGACGACUAGGCCACAACUCAUAAAUGAUCUCGAAAAUACUGUGAUUACGAAAAUAAGUUGUGGUGCAAGGCAUUCGUUGGCGCUCAGUGAGUGGGGUCAACUAUACAGCUGGGGUCAUAACGAUUAUGGUCAACUAGCACUUCCAGAUGGAUCCGAUAUUGUGCGUUCACCAAAAAUUGUCAAGAAACUUGCUACUCAGACUGUUAUUCAAAUCGCAAGUGGAUAUAACCACUGCCUUGCACUAACUAAUUGUGGCGCCUUGUAUUCUUGGGGUUCAAAUAUUUAUGGACAAUUGGGCCUCUCGCCGCCAAAUGAAUUGGCCCACUCUGCUCAUCCCCGAUUAGUAGACUCAUUGGUGGGGAUUCCCAUUGCUUUUAUUACAUGCGGAGACAAUCACUCGUUCAUUAUCUCAAAAUCUGGGGCUGUGUUUGGUUGGGGACGGAACAAUUGCGGACAAUUGGGGCUGAAUGACUGUACGCAAAGACAUUUUCCAACGCAGCUAAGAACACUACGCAGCCUUUGUGUGCGUUACAUUUCCUGUGGGGAACAAUUCUCUGUAUUUUUAACGAACGACGGAGGAGUAUUUACUUGUGGUAAAGGGUCGUAUGGCCAACUUGGUCAUGGCGGCAACAUGAACGAAGUUCUGCCUCGAAAAGUAACGGAGCUAAUGGGUAGCACCGUAACGCAAAUUUCUUGUGGCGCGAAACAUACACUAGGCUUAGUGCCAUCUCGAGGUCGGGUCUACGGAUUUGGUUUAGGGUGUUUUGGACAGUUUGGGGCAAGCAAAGUGAAUAUUUGUUCGCUGCCGCAAGUUAUAGUUGGGCCUUGGGUAUCUCCCAGCUGUUCGAAACUACUAAAUAUUGAGCCCAAAGAAAAUCUAGACACAGAUUUCUUAAUACGACAAAUCUUUUGUGGUGGUAAUAAUUCGUUUGUAACUACGUCUAAUAUGCCUACGGUGGAUUUUCGCAUUUAUGAACCUAAGUCUCAAAUCAUGUGUUUAACUAGUGAAUUAGCGGAACAGUGUGCAACGAUUGAAAAGAAUUCCUCAAUUGAUUUGGAUUUACUAACAACCAUUGAAGUGAUUUUUAAAAGCCAAGCUUGUAUAAAUGGUUCUUUCUUGUUAGAAAAUAAGCAUUUCUGUUGCACGUCAAAGCAACCUGGUGUAGAUUUGGCAGAAGUUAAACAGACAUUUGAUAACAUACGCAAAGUAGAACAUGAAAGCCUUAAGCAAAUCAUUUGGGACAAAAUUACAAAUGAAAUAAUUGCAUCGUUAAUGCCAUCACCGGCGGAUGUUGAAACUUUAAGACUUUAUUUAAUAUUGCCUUUAUAUCAUGAAUUUGUUAAUUCUAAAAACUAUGAAAAUCUACAUACACCCUUCAGCAAUGCUGUUCUACGACUCAAAGAAAUACCGAGAAAAAUUGUUAUAAUGUGGUGGGCACAUACACCACUUGAUUGGUUUGAAAGCUUGGUAUCCAACUACAAAAACGUGGUGGCCCAUAUAAUCAGCUUUAGAAUAUCUGCUAACUCCGGUGGUAGCUUUGAAAAGAAGCUCGUUACUUAUAACUCGAAUUUGUCAGCAGCUUUAAAUUUGCUAGUUGUGCUUCACCGAAUUAAUCAUAAAGAACGUGCAGAAAAAGUUGAUUACGACAUUUUCCACUGGCCAGAGCUGACAGAUUAUGUCGAUAUCCAACAAGAUUAUAUACAUUGGCUCUUCGAAAAAAAUCCAGACUCUUUUAAUAUCUGUAAUUAUCCGUUUUUGUUCAAUGCGUCAGCUAAAACUACACUUCUACAGACGGAUCAAGCUAUUCAAAUGCAUACUGCCAUGCAAAAUGCUGCUAAUUCGGGUAUACUUUCCUUACUAACAUUUGGGACGCCUAUUUCGCAGUUUAUUGUGUUGAAUGUUUCUCGCGAGAACUUGGUGCAAGAUACUUUACGAGAAAUAAUGCAAUAUAAUCAAAGUGACUUGAAAAAACCACUAAAAAUAAAAUUUCAUGGUGAAGAGGCGGAAGAUGCUGGCGGUGUCCGAAAAGAAUUUUUCAUGCUCUUACUAAGAGAUCUUUUAGACCCAAAAUACGGAAUGUUUAAAGAAUUCGAAAACUCACGCGCUCUGUGGUUCGCUGAUGUAACAUUUGAAACCGAAGAUAUGUACUUCUUAAUUGGUGUAAUUUGUGGCCUAGCGAUAUACAAUUUUAUAAUAAUAAAUUUGCCAUUCCCGUUGGCGCUUUAUAAAAAACUGCUUGAUGAGCCUGUUGAUCUUGGUGAUUUGCGCGACAUUUCACCAACGUUGGCUAAUUCUAUGGAAUCCAUUUUAAAUUACGAUCAAAUUGAUUUCGAAGAAGUUUUCAAUUUAAAUUUUGAAAUAAGUCGUGAUAUUUUCGGAGAAUCGAAAACGGAGGAAUUAAAACCGAACGGAAGUCAAACAACUGUAACUUUGGAAAAUAGAAAAGAGUUCGUGGAUUUAUAUGUUGAUUUUAUAUUUAACAAAGCAGUGGAAACACAAUUUAGCGCGUUUCGUAAAGGAUUUAUGAAGGUAUGCUGGGGACGGGUAUUACAAAUAUUCAAACCUGAUGAAUUGAUGGCGGUUGUUGUAGGAAACGAAGAGUACGAUUGGCAAGCGUUUGAGCUGCAAUGUGAAUAUAAAAAUGGUUACAAUUCUGGAGAUCAGACGAUACGGUGGUUUUGGGAAGUUUUCCAUGACUUUCCGGAAAGCGAAAAGAAAAAGUUCUUACUAUAUUUGACAGGAAGCGAUCGUAUUCCUAUUCAAGGAAUGAAAGCAAUCAAAAUUUGUAUUCAACCAACAAAUGACGAACGGUUUCUCCCCGUAGCGCAUACGUGUUUUAAUCUAUUAGAUUUGCCUCGUUACAAAACUAAAGAGCGUUUAAAGUAUAAGUUGCUUCAAGCCAUUCAACAAACUCAGGGUUUUAGUCUAGUAUGACUUAUAAAUAAAAAAUUCAAAACCAAACUUACCUUAAGAAUAAUGAAACAUUUUCAUCAAACAAAAAUUUGCUGUAAAUAGUAACAUAUUCGUUGUUCUUGAUCGGUUGUUUUUAGCAUUGAUAAAAAAUUUAAAUUUGUGUUUGAUCAAAAUUUGUAUUGAAACUGUUGCAAAUAAAAAAUGUAUUGGAAGUUUUGGGUUAAAUGAAAA